AGGAGCAACGUGACUAUUCUUUUUCGAAAUGGAAGCGAAAGUUGUGUUUUAGAUGAAGAAGAACUGGAACUAAGAAUGAGAAAGUAUGCAAUUUAUUACUUAUAUGCCGCGUUGUUCACACUGUUUUGYGCGUACGGACAGAUGGUUUGCUGGAAUGUGGCUUCUGAACGUGGAGCUCGAGAACUUAAUAAUGUGGCCAGCGAUGAURUCCUUGGAAAAGAUCCUGGGUUUUUUGAUACACAGAUUCAUGAGGGUGCAUCGAAUAUGGAAGAUAUAGGAGAUAUUCCACAGCUAAAGAAGGAAGAUAUUGAAGCUCUUCGUGGUGGUAUAGGAGGAGAGAUAGCGUUCCUUAUUCAAAACCUGGCAAGUGUUGCGUCUGGAUUCGUGAUCAGUUUGAUAAAGAACUGGAAACUCACCCUGGUCAUGCUAAUGGCUGCGCCCUUUAUGGGAGCUGUGGAAGCCUUCGUUGCCAAGGUGGARAAGUACGUCCAGGAGAGAAAGAAAGCAUUACAAGAUCAAGCAGGCGUUUUGGCGGGAAAAGGGAUGUCGUCUCUCAAGACUGUUGUGGCGUUCGCUGGACAAAUGGUAGAAAAAGACAAGUUUGACACCGAAAUGGAGCAAAGUGGCAAACUCAACAAGCUCAAAAGUCUAGUGAAAGGAUUCGAGAAAGGAACCAACACACUGGUUGCGUUCAGUUUCCUUGGGCUAGGAUUCUGGUAUAGUACAACCAUGCUCCCCAGUGGAGGAAUUACCCCAGGGGCUUUAUUAACGAUUUUUAUGGCGAUCAUUGGAGGUAUGAUGAAGAUGGCUGGCUCUGCUGAACAGAUUGAUGACGUUGGGGAGUCUAAGGGAUCAUUGGAAUCGAUUCUUGGGUUCUCAGCAAAGGAUACUGAAGCCACAGUAGACAUGGCUGCCAGCCAGCUGGAAGCUGUUAUGGGGAAGCUUGAUGUGUUCAACGUGUAUUUUCAUUAUCCUUCAAGACCAGAGUACCAGAUUCUUAAGUCUGUUAACAUCACAGCUGAGCCAGGACAGACUGUCGCUAUCCUUGGUGAUADGGGUUGUGGUAGAGGUACAAUCAUUAAACUAUUACAAGGAAUCUAUGAUCCGGAGACUGGCAAGAUCAGACUUGAUGGCCAUGACUUGCGCACCUUAGAUAAACGUUGGUUUCGUCGUCAMUUAGGAGUUGUGCAUAAAGAGCCUGAGUUCUUCAAUACAACCAUCGCUGAUAACAUAUCCUACGGCAAAGACGAACAAUGUACCAUCAAGGAGAUAGUACGUGCUGCAAAGGCUGCUGGGGCACAUGAGUUUAUCAAUCGCUUACCACAGGGUUAUGAAACUAUCCUUGGUGACAAUGGUUCACCGCUGACCCCAUUCCAGCUUCAUUUGCUGGCUCUAGCUCGUGCACUCAUACGGGAUCCCAGAGUCUUGAUAUGGGAAGAAGAUAUCUCACUUAUGGACCCAGAUGAACUGCGCACAUUGACCUUCUAUCUUGAUCAGGCGCGACGUGGUCGGACAACAGUGAUAUCCACGAGUCACGUGAGCGUAGCUAGACUAGCUGACGUCAUCRUCAUUCUUCACGAGGGACGUGUAAUCGAACAGGGUACUGCUGAUGAGCUGAUGCAGUCUGGUCGUGCUUUUCGCUAUCUGAGCACUGUACAGUAUUUUGAAUCAAGAGCUGCACAAGAAGACAGGUUGCUGAAGACUUCCGGACUCAAAACGUCCCAUUCAUUGGAUUCACUGUCCGAUAGCUCUACAGAAGAUGCCUAUGAUUAUUACAAGUCAUACAGGAAGCAGGGAUCCUCCCAGGGGACAGGGAUUUGUAACAGAAUCAGAGAAAAACGAGAUGAAAUAAAAGAUGCUAUUGAAAACAAAAAGGAGGAAAUGCGUGACAAAUUUGAAGACAAAAAAGAAGAAAUAAGAGAACUGGUUCAASAAAAGAUUCAGGAGAGUGAAGCACAGUACAAGAUGAUCAAGAUGCAGUUAAUGGAUGCUCCUUUGCUGUUAGCAGCAGCACUUGGUGCAGGCCUCAGUGGCAUGAUAGCACCGGGUCUUGCUAUGCUCUUCAAUAAAAUACAAAAGUUUCUUAACGAUACAGAGAGAGUGACAAAAGAAGGUCCUUUCUACGCAAGCAUGUUUGUGGUUCUUGGUGCUGUUGUUGCCUUUGGAGGAACAGUUGAGAAAUAUAUGUCAACUUUAGUAAACGAAAAGUUGAAAAUUCGACUUCAAAAAGUUAUCUACGAGCAAACAUUGAAAAAGAAUUCCGUCCCUCAAGUCCCACCAACAGUACCUCAAAUCCCUUCAUUUCCUGGUUCUUCUCCUUUGGACGAUGCCAUGCCAACAGAUGAUUUAGAGUUGAAAGGUUUUGACCAUCACACUGAAGUUGUCCCACCUCCCUUUAGAUCAGAUUGUAAAGCUACUCCCCCCGGAACUCCCCCUGAGGAAGAACCAUAUGAUGUCACGGAGGAUGAUAUUCCGGGGGAGGCAGACGUUAUCCCCGAUUUAGACAGUGCACCAUUAGAAAAUGACCCGGAUGAUGUUGGGGAAGUGGUUGAAAAUCCAGAAUUUUUAGAUGACUCGAGUGGUAUGACAUCCGCAAAAGACACAGCAACAAAAACCGGUUUGACAGGUCUACCCUUAAAAACAGGAAAAACAGGUUUUCCAAAGGGAUCAGGAGCUUCUGGAAAAGGUGGUUAUCAAAUAUCAACAGGAAAAACUGGUUUGYCUAAAGACCCCACUGACCCGUCUUCACUGACUCAGUCAGCUGGUGUUCCUAAUCCAAAUGAUGUACAGAACAUGGCAGAUAUGUCUAAGAUACCAGGCGAUAAUCUUCUGCCAGCGGUAGACCCUGAGAAACAAGCGCGUGAAGCCGUGGAAAAUAUGCAACGUGACGUCGAUGCGGCGAUUCAGAAGUCUAUAGGUAAAUACAUAGGUCCAGAGGUCCAGGCCUUCAUAUCCUCAGUCUUAACAUUCUACGUGGCGUUCUCCACGGGAUGGAAGAUGACGUUAGUCGCCCUGGCUGGGUAUCCAAUCAUCGCCUUGUCUCAUCGAAUCCAACAAAAACAGACAGACGAAAGUGUGAAACCAAAGGAAAUGGAUAUCAUGAAGACAGGAUUCAAGAAGAUGGCAGCCAUUAGUUCUCUUGGCAUGGAGGGAAAAUUUGCUAAAAAGUUUAAAGAUGGCGCAAUGGAUCAAUACAAGCACGCUAUCAAGAAGAUCGUUAGCAGUGGUUUAGCAUUUGCUGUCGGACAAGCCAUGGUGUUUGUUAUUUAUGCUAUUGCUCUUCGCUAUGGAUGCUUCUUGAUCUCUGAACGAGAAAUGGCAGCAGUUGAGGUUCUAUGCGUAUUGAUGUCCGUGUUGUUUGGCUCGUUUGCAAACUCAAGUAGCCAGGCUCCUGCGCAUGCGUCUAGCAGCUCCAAGGAAUCAGCCAAUCGUGUGUUUGACACGGGAUCAAAAACAGACGAGCAAAUCCAAGUCAUGAGUGAUAAAGAUAUGGAUAUGGGCAAAGCGUCAGGAGAGAUCGAGUUUCGCCACGCAGAACUUCCCGAUCCCUUGCGAAAGGGGAACCUGCUUCUGAAUGACCUUGACCUUUCUGUGAACCAAGGUCAGACAUUAGCGAUGGUCCUGAUGGACAAUGAAACAAGAAAUCCCCUUGAAAUACUGCUAGAAAGAUACUACGACCCGUCGUGUGGGAGAGUGUUUCUAGACGGACGAGAUCUAAGGUCACUUGAUCUUCGCUGGCUUCGAAAGCAAAUGGCUGUGGUUUCUCCCAGUACUUAUCUACCACACCACACGAUAGGGAAGAACAUCGUGUACGGAGACAACACACGAGAUGUACCGUACCAGGAUAUCGAGGACGCUGCUUAUUCUGCUAAUGCUCACUACUUCAUCAUGAGAUUACCAGAGGAAUUAGACGAGGCUAUUCAAAAUUUAUCACGUGGUCGGACGCGACUAAUCGUUGCCAGGCAACGGGAGACGGUUGACUCUGCUGACAAGAUCGCUUUGGUGUACCGCGGGCGCGUACUUGAACAAGGCACCAGACAAGAGUUAUUAGCCAGGCGUUGCUUGUUCUCUGYACUGACCAAUCAUGGACAAUACAAUAAUCCCGCAUAUAUGGAUGGAGAAUAGAAUCUAUAUAUACUUAGAAUCAAUCAUUUGUAAAUUUUUCAUAGUCAAUUGAUCAAUAUUUUUAUAUCUUGAAGAGGGUAUAUCGGGCCCUGAGCUUCUGGGUUUCGACAUAAUGACGUCAUAACCUUCCCAAGAUGCACUGCAUUACGAAGUCUACUGACUCUAAAACAUUGUUGUAUUUGAUGCCUUUUUAAUGCUGUUUACAAGUUCGUGUGCAGACGCGUCAAACUGAAGGUACGUCAUGACACGAAGUUGUCUUGGAUUCGAGGGUAAAAGAAAAAACUUGAAAAACACACUUUUUGUUGUUGCAAUUUGUGCCAUUAUAUUUUUUGCUAGCCUUGCAUUCAAGAUAAUUUUGAAAGUGGUCUAUAAGUUCUCAAAAUGUGUGUAAAAAUACAUUUUAUACCACGUGUCAUUCCCUAGAGUAUAAUGACUUUGCUUAAUUUACGCAUGGGAAAACACACAGAUAUGGAUACAACUCAAAUAAAAAAUCUUAUAGUCUCUAGUGAAUGACACCUGAAAUGGGAAAACUACACCCAAGCUAGAGGUCCACUGAACAAGCAUUAUUCAGACAAACACGCUGUCUUUUUUUCUAAAUUAUUUUAGUCAUGUUUAUUACGAAAUAAUAAUGGAAUAUAGAUUUUCAAUUUUACUUUUAUAAUAAAACAUAACGAUAAGAU